AUGCAAAGACCUGGACUGGGUGCUGGACUAGGGCCCCAGGAUAGAGUGACCCGCUGGCAUGGUCAACGUUUGCCUGAACCUGAGCCUGAGGAGGGGAACAUUAAUUAUAAGAAAACAAAGCAUCCACAUAAAGGUCUGGCUGUAUGUACUUUGCUCCUGAAUACCCUCUCCUCAUUUGCUGGAAUAGUUGCAAUAAUUCUAACAUUAUUAGAAUUAUCAAAGUUUCAUUCUGUGUCAUAUAGGAAUUAUGGACAUGCAAAACUGGGAAGAGAAGUGUCACAAAUUUUACUCUUUUCCUACAACUUGGAGUUGUAUACUCAUUCCUCUGCUGUGUGUAUUUGCGUAAAGGCCAUCAAGAUGGAGGUGUUAGGAAAGAAGCUGACAACACUCUACAAACUCUAA